AUGCGUUUGCCACCGCCAAUGCGACAACGCUUCUCAACUGCGACACGCGCCGCAGCGAUUCCAGCAAACUUCCACACAUACAAUGCCGCCGCGCUCGCAGCAACAGCGGAAACCGCCCCCAAGCUCGGAAGGAUAGGACGAUGGUAUCUCCCAGCCAUGGCCGCGAUAGCCGUCGGAAUAUACUUCCUUCCUGAGAGCCUCUUCGAGGAGCCGGACCGUCACCUCACCCUCGGCGAAGCCAACCGCCGAAUAGACUUCAGCAUCACCCAGCAGCUCGACGAGUACAACCGCCGGGCCAACAAAGCAUUCGAACCUACCUUGGAAGAGCGGAAUCGAGCGUUACUGAAUUCUUGGGGUGCCCGGUCUAGCCUUGAGGACAUGGAAAAGGUGGUUGCGGGCUAUGAUGACAGCCGCACGAGGCCGAACGGACAGCACGAGAGGAAUGCGCUGCUCGAGUCGGCAUAUGGAGACAGAACGAACUUGAAGCAAGUGCGGAGAGCGAUGGAGAUAUACGAGGUGCAGUGA